AAUUCCCUUUAAACAUUUGUAUUCAUUAAUUAAUCAAGUGGCAAUUGGAAGAUGGCAACAGUUCAAUUGAUAGCUUUAGCAGCUGCAUUAAUUUUUGCAUCAGCAACAACUUCUCUAGUUUCUGCUGCGCCAGUAGUCACAUAUGUGUUUGGUGACUCGUUGACAGAAGUCGGAAACAAUAAUUACCUUCAAUACUCUCUUGCAAGGUCUGAUUAUCCAUGGUAUGGGAUUGAUUUUUCCGGUGGGCAGGCCACCGGAAGGUUCACAAAUGGGAGGACUAUUGGGGAUAUAAUAUCUGAAAAACUUGGGAUUCAAUCACCACCACCUUACCUUUCCUUGUCAAAGAAUGAUGAUGCAUUGCUAAAAGGGGUUAAUUAUGCGUCUGGUGGAGCAGGAAUUCUUAAUGAUACGGGACUUUAUUUUAUUCAGAGAUUGUCCUUUGAUGAUCAGAUUAAUUGCUUUAAGAAAACUAAAGAAGUAAUCAAGAGGAAAAUAGGAGAAGCCGCUGCUAACAAGCACUGCAAUGAGGCCCUGUAUUUCAUUGGCAUUGGCAGCAAUGACUAUGUGAACAAUUUUCUGCAGCCAUUUUUGGUAGAUGCACAACAGUACACACCCGAUGAAUUUCUGGAACUCUUGAUCUCCACAUUAGAUCAACAACUUCUGAGGCUAUAUCAACUAGGUGCAAGAAAAAUAGUUUUCCAUGGACUUGGGCCUCUGGGAUGCAUUCCUUCUCAGAGAAGGAAAUCCAAAAAAGGCAUAUGCUUGAAGCGAGUGAAUGAAUGGACAUUGGAGUUCAACUCCAGAGUACAGAAGCUCUUAACUACUCUGAACCAACGACUCCCCAAUGCCAAUUUCUUGUUUGCAGACACAUAUGGAGAUGUUCUGGAUUUGAUCAAUAAUCCUACAGCUUAUGGUUUCAAAGUGUCAAACACAUCAUGCUGCAAUGUGGAUACGAGCAUUGGAGGUUUAUGCUUGCCCAACUCAAAAUUAUGCAAAAAUCGCAAGGAAUAUGUUUUCUGGGACGCAUUUCAUCCUUCUGAUGCAGCAAAUCAAGUACUAGCUGAAAAAUUCUUCUCCUUCCUAUUUCCCAAUCUCCCUUCUCCUUCUGCUGCACCAAAGCCUUCUCCUUCUGCUGCACCAAAGCCUUCUCCUUCUCACUGAAAGGGUCGGGCGUUGGAGUGGAACAUAUACGAGAGCUAAUUGUAAAAAUAGAAAAAAGAGACUCUUCAAUCCUUGAAUUUGUGUCAAGGUAAAUUACUGAAAUGAAAUAAUAUCAACUUUCUUCCAUUAUUCCAAAAUUAGUCCAUUUAAUUUUUUUACAGCCCAUAAAAAUAUGCAUAAAAUACGCUACAUUAAUUCUUGUUUACCAUUGAUUUAAUGGUGAAUAUCAGAUCAAUAGAUCAAUUAAAAGGGGAAAAAAAACUUGAUUGCUCUCAGUUGAAAG